AUGCUCAGAUUAUCUUCAAACUCCUCAGAUUAUCCUCAGACUACUCCUCAGACUACUCCUCAAACUACUCCUCAGACUACUCCUCGGUCUAAUCCUCAGACUCCUCCUCAGAUUAUCCUCAAACUCCUCCUCAGACUACUCCUCAAACUCCUCAAACUACUCCUCAAACUCCUCAGAUUAUCCUCAAACUCCUCCUCAGAUUAUCCUCAAACUCCUCAGAUUAUCCUCAAACUCCUCCUCAGAUUAUUCUCAAACUCCUCCUCAGAUUAUCCUCAAACCCCUCCUCAGAUUAUCCUCAAACUCCUCCUCAGAUUAUCCUCAAACUCCUCCUCAGAUUAUCCUCAAACUCCUCAGACUACUCCUCAAACUCCUCAGAUUAUCCUCAAACUCCUCAGACUACUCCUCAAACUCCUCAAAUUAUCCUCAGAUAACUCCUGA